GUGUCAUUCAUGUUUUACUGCUGCUCAUGUGUGCAGUGUGCACCGUCCGUCCUUCAAUUGUUGACAAAUAUCUCUGGUUCUGUUAGUGAAAAGAUCACCCUCGAGGAUGGACUAAAGGAUGGACGAAGUCGCAGAAUCGUAUUUGUGUAUAGAGAAGAUUGUGAGAUCGUGUAAAUCAAUCAAAGAAUCCUUGGUAUGCGGAAUAUGUUUGGAAUAUUUCAAAGAACCUGUAACUAUAAGAUGUGGUCACAAAUUUUGUCGUGGCUGCAUUUUUAAAGUUGCUACAAACGAGCAUGCAACCUGCCCAUUUUGUAACAUUAAUAUUCAAAAAAGAUCUAUACCCAAGCAAGGAAACAAAUUGGUACAAUCAAUUGUUGAUAAUUUUCAAGACUUGGUCGAGGCUAUUAAAAAUGAUUCUGGUAUUGAUGUUUUUGAUUAUUCCAACUUAAAGCAGCCUACAAAAAAGAAUAAAAAUCUUGAAAAUAAAAAAGAUUUUGAAACAGCUUCGAUUGCCAAUGAAUUAUUUUCACUAAAAGGCAAUAACUCAAAUACAAUUAGAUCUAAAUCUUCUCAAUCAGUGAAAGCUACUCCAUCAGUUUCCAAAAAGUUGUCUUUACGAAGAAAGUCAGAUACAGGAAGAAAAACACCUGUUGAUACAAAUACUCUUGAUAAGUAUUUAACUAAUAAAUCUGAGCAUGAAUCUGAAGUACAGUAUAACGAAAAAGUAACACAAUGGCUUGAAAGUUGUACUCCACUUGCGAGUGAUUCAACUGAAGUGCAGAAUCUAGCUGAGAAGAAUGUAGAAGAAACAAAUGAUCAACUGACAACUGAUCAGUUAGUGCAAACUGUAAAUAUUUGUGAUAUUGUUGAUAAAGAAACUGAAGACUCCAAUAAGGGUGAAGAAUCAAAAUUUUCAAAUACUCAAAAACAAAUAGAGCAAGCAGAAAUGAAUGCAAGAAGGAAAAAAGUAAAUCAAAAUUUGUCAGGGGAUAAAUCAACUGCUAAAACACCUCCAUCUGUUCCUGCAGCAUCCCAUUCAGAUGUUAAUGAUUGGCGUAGAGUAAAGCGUGUUGGGAAAGAAAUGCAAGUUAAAACAUUUAAAUCUCUUAGUGUUAGUAUUGAAAGAAAUGUUUCUUCAUCAAAUCUUGAUGAAAAUACUGUACCAGAUGAAAAAUAUGUUAAAAAAAGAAGAUCUAAAAAUGAACAUCAAUCUAGAAGCUUUCAAAAUUCAUCAAAAGAUAAUGAAAAAGAUAAAGUUGAUGAUUGCAAUAAUCCAGAUAAUAUAAAUGAAAUUAUUGAUGCUUCAACAAUGCAGAAUGCUCUUGAUACACCUGAACAGGCCAGAACUAGCUUGUCAAAUGUUCGAAGUACAAAUAAACUCGGAAUUUUAACUCCUCUCAAGACAAAAGAUGAUGAUGAUUGUAGAAGUAUACAGUCAGACGACUCUAAUUCAAAUUAUAGAAGAUCAAAAUUGUCGUUAAAGUUAAAAUUGAAAAGUUCAAAACGUUCAAAAGUAGAACCUCCUCAUCAAGUAACUGUUUCGCCACCAAAAGAAUCUGCAAAUAAUAUUGAGCAUAAUAAAGUUCAAUCAAAAACUACUAGUGUAACGACAAAUUUACUCAAACCUCUAACUUCAAAUACAAAUCGGUCUCUAUUGGUACCAUUUAAAAAGUUGGGAAAAAUUGUAAAGAAAAAGAAAAAUAUUCCAUUUCUAUACUUAGGUAGAACUAAACCCAAAGAAAAAAUAGUUGAGCUUGUUUUAGCUAGUUUUAAUAAUAUUGAAGUGCCAGUACAAAAAGAUAAAUUGGAAAAUCAUUCUGAACUUAUUAAUGCGAGUGGAUCUCAUUUAAAAAGUAAAAAAAAUAUUGAAGAAUGUAUACAAAAAGCUAACGGUGAAAGUACCAAAAAUGACAAUAGAAAUGAAGAGAAAAAUGAUGUUGAAGUUGAAUCAGAUAGCAGUUCCCUGAUUCAAAAUACAUCUCCUGUAAAAGCAGCUGAUAAUGUAGCCAAAUGUUAUGAAUCCAUGAAAACAGCUAACAAUAAAAGUAUACAAAAAAGUGAAGAGGCUUCCAAAAAUAGAAAGGAAAACGAAGCGGAAGUUGAAUCAGACAGUGGAUCAUCUAUUUAUGCUGCAUGUACCCAUAAAAAUAUUGGUCAAGUUGAUAAUAAUAAGUCCUUAAACCAAAUUAAUGGUAAAAGUACUAACAAUGAAUUUGAAAUUAGAAAAAAAAGUAAAGCUAGAAUUGAGUCAGACAGUGAAUCAUCUAUUGAUAAUGAACCUGCUGAUAAUAACACUAUUAUCAAAAUUGAUAAUACCAAAUCAGUAAUGAAAACUAAUAAUAUAACUACCAAUAAGGACUUGAAAAAUAAAGAGAAAAAUCAAGCUGAAAUUGAGUCAGAUAGUGGAUCAUCUAUUUGUGCACCUUCCCUCAAGAGAGCUAAUAAAAAAAAACUAAUAAAAAUGAAAACUUUAUCCACUACAUCUGGUUCAGAAGCAAGUUCUCCUUUGAGAAAAAAAAGGUCCUAUUCUGAGUCAUCUAUAGAAGAGGAUGUUGUAUCAAUCAUUCAUAAAUGGACAGAUGAACCAUUGACCAAAAUACCAAAAAGUACACCUGACUUUAUAGAUUCUAGUCAAAUUGAAAAGAAGAAAAAUUCUAGGCGUUCUAGUGGUUUUAAUGUUUCCAAUAAAGAUAAAACAUUAGUAUCUAAAACAAAUGAACAAGCAUCUCAGAACACAUUGGAAGAAGAUCCUCCUAUAGAUGAUAUAAUCAACAAAGUAAAAAAAUUUAAGGACAAUGAUGCUGAGUCUUGCAAAAUAAACCAUAUGCCAAGCUCAUUGAUGUCAGCUGAUCUAUUUGAAACAAAUGAUGUGCAAACUAUUGAAAACAGUUAUUCUAAACCAUCUAAAAAUGGUAAUCAUAAGGAAAUUGAUGCAUUAAACGCAAAUGAAGUUGAACAUAGUAUAAUGAAUACCAGUAACUCUGAAAUUGAAAACACAGCGAUUGAUCUUUAUAAGAGUAAACGAAAAAAAAUGAAUCUAACAACCUGCUCAAAUGACUCUAAUAAAGAAAAUGAAAAAAUGAGAAAUAAUCCAAAGCUUGUUCAUAUAACCCCGGAAAAAAAUUCUGAAAAUAUAAACAAUAAAACAGAUAUACUUGAAGAUAAUAAUAAAACAACAAAAUUUGUUGAAAGUGCAUUUAAUCUACCAGAUAGUUUGAUUAACAUUACAGCAGAACAAAUAGCUCUAAGAGAAUUAGAAAAGGAACUGAUGGAUUGUGAGCCUGUAGUAAAUACAGAUAGAAAACAUGUAGACGAAAAUGUAGAAAAAGAAAAGUUUAUGACUCCUAAAAAGGUACAUUUAAGCAAUCAUGAAGAAGAAGAAUACGAUUCUGAAAACAUUGGCGCCACACCUGUGGUUAAAAGACGUAGACCUAUGCUUGAUUAUAAGUCUCAGCUUGACAUGCCUGACUUGACAUCCCAGGAUCUCGGACCGAGUUUAAUACCGCCGACAAUAACACCUCUAAGAACUGGAAAAAUACAUCCUCUGUGUCACAGUACUCCAUUAAAUGCGAAUGCUAGAAAUAAUACUGCUUUACAAGCUAGCAACAAAAAAAUGAUAUUGAUAUGUAGCGGUUUACCGCCUGAAAGUAUAAAAGUAAUUCAAGAAUUUGCGAGGAAGUUCGAUGGGGAAUUUAAAAGUCAAUUUAGUCCAGAUGUAACCCACGUCAUAGUUCACACGGAUCCUAAGACGAAAGCUGGACAAAAAACAUUCAAGUACAUUCAAGGGAUUGCUUACCAAAAAUAUGUUGUAAGCUUUUUAUGGGUAAUCGAUUGCCUAAAAUCGAAUACGCUUUUGGAUGAAGAUGACGAAAAGUAUGACGUGCUGGAUCCUGAGCUUAAUCAUAAUGGAGCAAAAAGAUCACGUUUGAGGAUACGUGAUUUAUUUUCAGAUUUUACGGUGUACUGCUUUGAACCUUUCAGCAAUUUUUCAAUAACAGAUUUUAAGGAUCUAUUAAUGACAAAUAAUGCUCGAGUAGUAGACACAGAAAAAGAUCUUUUAAAAAUAAAAAAAGGAUUAAAAUUAAUAAUACUCGAAUCAGAAAGUUUGACUAAACAACAAGUAUCAACUCUGAAAAAGUGUAAUAGUGCGAUAGUUUCAUUUGAAUGGGUAGUAGAUUGUUUGAGUCAGUAUCAAAUUUUAUCUUUAGCCCCAUAUUUAUGUGAGACAACGAAGGAAGAAGCUCUGGCGUUAGGGUAUCCUCCGGGCAUAUUGGUUGAAGAAGAGGACGAUGAUGAGGAUGACGAUGAAGAAGACGAUGAAGAAAACGAAGCGAAUUAAACGAACAAUCAAAAUGUAAAAUAGUUGUAAAUGUUAUUAUAAAUCGUUGCCUUAAAUAGUGUGCCUGACUUUUCACAUUUCACAGUAGUUGAAAAUUUUUCGUUUGCACGUUGAUUUACUAGGGUAUCUCAUUUUAAGUGCGCUGAACUGCACAAAAAUAAGUAUUACUUGAGAACAAGUGCUGAUUGUAAGUUAAGUGUUCACAAAUAUCGUGUUCUGCGUAAUGCUCGAAUGUUCAAUAUUAGUGAUUAUGUAUGAAGUAACUAUAAGCUCUGUCAAACAGAAUUUGUAUAAUUAAACAAAUACCUCAUGAACUUUUUUUAAUGACACAAUUAAUGAUUUGUUAUG